AUGAGACUUACAUUUUUACUAAGCGGUUUAAUGGCCGCAUCCACGAUCGCCGCGCCAGCUAACAUUGCAAAAAGAGAUGACAUUGAUGUUGAUAUUUUGCAAUAUGCGCUCACUCUUGAGCACCUUGAGAACGCAUUCUACAAGAAGGCUCUUUCAACCUGGUCAGUUGACGACUUCACAAAAGCCAACUUUUCUUCCGAUUUUUAUUCACAAUUGAAGUAUAUUGCUCAUGAUGAAGAAGCGCACGUUCAAUAUCUUGAGGCUGGCCUUAAAGCUGUUGGUGCCAAACCAGUAGAGACUUGCACGUAUACAUUUCCUAUGCAAUCUGCUGAGGAUUUCGUUGCUCUAGCUGCAACAAUUGAAGGUGUUGGCGUGUCGGCAUAUUUGGGUGCAUCGCCUAUGGUGACAUCUAAGCAAUAUCUCACUGCUGCAGCAUCAAUUUUGGCCACUGAAGCACUCCAUCAAUCAGCUGCUCGUAAUGCCGUAGGAGAAGUACCCAUGGCCAAUCCGUUCGGUACGCCAAUGGGUCUAAAUGCAGUUUACUCUAUUGCAUCAGGGUUUAUUGCUGAGUGCCCGUCAUCUAACGCUAAGUUGCCGGUAAUGGCAUAUAAGGGGCUUAAUGUUACUCAAGGCAUGCCAGUCGCUGCAAAUUCUACAGUGACAUUUAUGGCUGAUGGAGAUGUUCCAUCCAGUUUCUGUGUCACAUUUGUUAGCGGUUUGGAUGUUCUUCCGAUGACAGCAGAUAUCGAAAAUGAAAUGAUUAAAGUUGAUGUUCCCGGAGAAGCAUCUGGCCAAUCUUAUGCUUUUAUUACUUCAGAUAAUUCGGGUAAUUUGACUGAUUCUAACAUCUUGUUCGGACCGGCAGUUCUUGAAAUAACUCCCUCAAGCCCUACUUUUGACCUCACUAUCAUGUGA